AUGUCGAGCAUCCGUCCAGAGCUGAAAUUUGCCGACGAUCGCGACCAAUCGUCAUUCUACAGCAAGUAUUUCAGACUGCCUCCAAAGUCUGCGCGCACUUUGCGCGUCGUCGACAAGGGCGAGUACUAUAUUGUUUUGGAUGAGGACGCGGAGCUGGUGGCCGAUUUGAUAUACAAAACCCAGUCUGUGGUGAAGACCGCGACCGCAGAGAAACGUACCGUGCAGUACAUCACGCUGUCGCCCGCUGUUUUUGCCAAUCUGCUGAAAUUGGUGGUGGUGGACUCGGGCCACAAGCUGGAGAUAUAUUCCAAGAACUGGGACAAUAUGCGGACUGCAUCGCCGGGAAAUCUUUCAGAAAUUGAGGAGCUAAUCAACACAGCUGACCUGAAUGCUGUCUCGAUUUUGGCCGCUCUCAAGCUCGUGAGCUCUUCCUCUGAGGGCAAGAAAUUAGGACUUUCGUUCUACGACCCGAACGCAAAAAUACUCGGAGUGACAGAAUUUUACGACAACGAUCUAUUUUCGAACCUGGAGGCCCUGUUGAUCCAAACGGGCGUCAAGGAGUGUCUGGUUCCUGCGUCUGCAUCGUCCGACCCAGAUAUGGACAAGAUCAAACAGCUGAUCGAUAGAUGCGACAUUGUCGUGUCUGAGGGCCGUUCUGCCGACUUUUCAGACAAAAACAUCGAGCAGGACGUUGCGCGAUUGACCGGAAACGAGCUUACGCUUUCGGCGAACGAGCUCUCGUCGCUACACGUGGGGCUCGCCUGCUGCAACGCCAUUCUUGUCUAUCUCUCGUUGUUGGCUGACCAGUCCAACUUUGGAUCCAUAAACGUGGUCAAGUACGAUCUUGAGCAGUUCAUGAAGCUCGAUUACGCGGCCGUGAGAGCCACGAACCUGUUUCCGCCGCCAAACUACAACAAUACGAUGAAUAAGACGUCCUCUCUGUUUGGGUUGCUCAACAACUGCAAGACGGUGGGGGGCACCCGACUACUGUCGCAGUGGCUCAAACAGCCGCUAGUUGACGUCCAGGAAAUCCAAAACCGUCAUUCUAUUGUUGGCCACCUUAUUGACGACCUGAACCUCCGCGAGUCUCUGCAGACGCAGUUUUUGAACGAAGUGCCGGACAUUUCGAGACUCGUGAAAAGGCUGGCCAAUCCGCGUGGAACAAAGUCGCUCGACGACGUCAUUAGAUUGUACCAGCUGUGCAUCAGACUGCCAGACCUGCUUGACUUCCUGGGAACCUCAAUGGACAGCUUGGAACCAGAAAACGCCGUCAGGAAACUGUUCCAGGAGUUCUGGAUCGAGCCAAUCGCCCAGUACGCUGGCGCCUUGUCGAAGUUCCAGGAGAUGGUGGAGACCACCGUGGACCUGGAGUCUCUGGACAAUGCGUCGUCCGCACAGGGUUCGAUGGUAGCAAUCAAUCCAGAAUUCGACGCCAGUUUGAUGGAAAUCAGCCACAAGAUCGAGCAAGUCAAGUCCCAGAUGCGCCACGAACACGAACUAGCAGGCGAAGACCUGGGAAUGGAGCUUGACAAGAAACUAAAACUCGAGAUCCACCAUGUUCACGGCUGGUGUUUCCGUCUGACAAGAAACGACAGCUCAUGUAUUCGCGGUAAGAAAAAGUACAGAGAGCUGUCUACGGUCAAGGCGGGAGUCUACUUCACGACUUCUGAGCUCAGCCAGCUCAACUCGGAGGUCAAGUCGCUGGAGGAGCAGUACGAUAACGGCCAGUCGGAGGUGGUGAAGGAGAUCGUCACCAUCACCGCGACAUAUUCCUCGAUUUUCCUCAAGCUGUCGAUUGAGUUGAGCAAGCUGGACGUGCUGGUCUCUUUUGCCCAUACCUGCGCUUUUGCGCCGGUUCCGUACACGCGGCCGGAAAAAAUCCACGGACUGGGAAGCCCGGAGCGUCGCGUCCGUCUCAGGGAAGCGCGUCAUCCAUGCUUAGAACAACAGGACGGACUGUCGUUCAUUCCCAACGAUAUCAACUUUUGUCGCGACUCAGAGGAAUUCCUCAUCAUCACAGGACCCAACAUGGGUGGUAAGUCGACCUACAUCCGUACCAUGGGAGUUAUCGCUUUAAUGAACCAGAUAGGCUGUUACGUGCCUGCCGGGGAGGGAGCAGAGCUGUGUAUUUUCGACUCUGUUCUGGCCCGUGUUGGUGCGUCGGAUUCGCAGCUGAAAGGCGUCUCGACGUUCAUGGCAGAGAUGCUCGAGAUGUCUUCGAUUCUGAAGACUGCCACGUCGAACUCGCUUAUCAUUGUGGACGAGCUCGGCCGCGGAACCUCGACAUACGACGGGUUUGGGCUCGCUUGGGCCAUUUCCGAGCACAUUUGCAAGGAGAUCCGCGCGUUCACGUUGUUUGCCACGCAUUUCUACGAGCUCACCGCGCUAGCCGACAAGUACACUGCGGUGAAAAAUCUUCAAGUGGUGGCACAUACAGAUACCAGCUCUGACGCGAAAAAUAUUACGCUGCUCUACAAGGUGGAGCCAGGAGUGAGCGACCAGUCGUUCGGUGUACACGUGGCUGAGAUCGUGAAGUUCCCAAGGAAGAUCAUCGAGAUGGCCAAGCGCAAGGCCAGCGACCUGGACGAUAUCAACAAACGUACAGCCAAACAGACGAGAUCCGGCAGUCCGGAGAUUUUGGAAGCCAACGAGGUGCUUAAGACGGCGCUGAAAAAAUGGAAAAAACGCGUCGAGGAACGCGGAGGACUCGAGAGCCUUGGCCCCGAUGAGGCCGAGGCAGAGCUGCGCAAGGUGGUCGAGUCAGACUUCCAGAAAGACUUCCAGUCGGGUGUCCUGCAGGAGAUGCUAAAACUGUGA